AUGGCGACCAGCCCGCUGCCCGGCCCCACCGAUAUCCUGCUGCCGUCGCCGUCCAGCGCGUACCCGCCGGACCCCAUGAACCAGCCGAGGGCCGGCCACGCCGCCAUGAAGCCCAACCAGGUGGGGCAGGUGAUCCUCUACGGCAUCCCCAUCGUCUCGCUGGUCAUCGACGGGCAGGAGCGGCUGUGCCUGGCGCAGAUCUCCAACACCCUCCUCAAAAACUUCAGCUACAACGAGAUCCACAACCGGCGGGUGGCCCUGGGCAUCACCUGCGUGCAGUGCACGCCGGUGCAGCUGGAGAUCCUGCGGCGGGCCGGGGCCAUGCCCAUCUCCUCCCGCCGCUGCGGCAUGAUCACCAAGAGGGAGGCCGAGCGGCUCUGCAAGUCCUUCCUGGGGGAGAACCGGCCCCCCAAACUGCCGGAUAACUUCGCCUUCGACGUGUCCCACGAAUGCGCCUGGGGAUGCCGCGGGAGCUUCAUCCCGGCCCGCUACAACAGCUCCCGGGCCAAGUGCAUCAAGUGCAGCUACUGCAGCAUGUACUUCUCGCCCAACAAGUUCAUCUUCCACUCCCAUCGCACCCCCGACGCCAAGUACACCCAGCCCGACGCCGCCAACUUCAACUCCUGGCGCCGCCACCUGAAGCUGACCGACAAGAGCCCCCAGGAUGAGCUGGUCUUCGCCUGGGAGGAUGUCAAGGCCAUGUUCAACGGCGGCAGCCGCAAGCGCGCCCUGCCGCCCGCCCCGCCGGCCCCCGCCGCCGCCGCGCCCGCUGCCUGCCACCCGCUGGGCUCGGUGAAGGCGGCGGCGGUGGUGGGCGGCGGGCUGCUGAGCCCGCACCUCCUGGCCGCGCCGCCCGACCUGCACCAGAAGCGCCCGCGCUUCGAGGAGGACGAGGAGCUGCAGGAGGCGGUGGCGGCGGCGCACGGCGGCAAGAGCCCGCGGAGCUACCCCGUCAUCCCGGUGCCCAGCAAGGGCUCCUUCGGCGGCAUGCUCCAGAAGUUCCCCGGCUGCGGCGGGCUCUUCCCGCAUCCCUACGGCUUCCCCGCCGCCGCCUUCGGGCUCUGCCACAAGAAGGAGGAGGGCGGCGGCGGCGAUGCCCUCGGCGGGGCGGCCGCGCACAAGGCCGGCGGGGCGGCGGCGGCGGGCGGCGGGCUCUCGGGGCUCUUCUGGCCGGGCAGGAAGGACGCCGCCUUCUACCCUCCCUUCUGCAUGUUCUGGCCGCCGCGCACUCCGGGCGGGCUGCCGGUGCCCACCUACCUGCAGCCGCCGCCGCAGCCGCCCGGCGCGCUGGGAUGCUCGCUGGGGGGGGACGGGGCGGGCCUGCUGCGCCAGGCUUUCCUGGACCUGUCGGAGCCCGGCGGCGAGGCGGGGCCGGCGGGGCUGGGCACGGGGCCGGCGGGGCUGGGGACACCGCCCGCCGCCGCCCCCCCGUCCGCGCCCGCCGCCGCCGCCGCCGCCGCCGCCGCCGCCGCCCGGGACCCGCUGUUCGAGUCGCCCCCCGGCGGCGGCGCCGAGCCCGCCUCGCCCGCCGCUUCCGACGGGGGCAGCGGCGGCGGGGGCGGGCGGGUCCCCCCGCACCACCCGCACCUGCUGGAGGCGGCGGGCGGGCGCAAGGCGGGCGGCGGGUACCACCACUCCAGCGCCUUCCGCCCGGUGGGCGGCAAGGAGGACUCGGAGAGCCUGGCCAAGCUGCACGGAGGCGGCGGCGGCGGCCCCCCGCGCUCCGCAUCGCCGCUGCAGCUGCUGCUGCCGCCGCCGCCGCCGCCGCCCCCCGAGGAUGCGGGCUGCGAGAGGCACCCGCAUCCUCCGCACGCCGCGCACCGCCUGCUCUCCCCCGGAGGCACCAGCUGCAGCUUCGCCAGCGAAGAGAGCAGCGAGGAGGAGGAGGACGAGGAGGAGGAAGACGAGCCCGAGGUGGACGUCGAGGGGCACAAGCCUCCCGAGGAGGAGGAAGAGGAUGAGGAGGAGGAGGGCGAGGAAGACCCCCGCGGUGGAGACCCCUUGGCGGCCGGCGGCCGCUUUCCACCCGCCCGGGGUCUGCCGGAGAAGGGCGGCCGGGAGCGCCCCGCCGCCGGCCCCUUCCCCCGUGCGGCCGUCGAGGAGAAGCCGGGGGAUGGUGCAGCCCCAGCGCAGCCGCCUGCCGGGGCCCCGCGGGCGGGCAGCGGCGGCAGCAGCCCGGCACAGCACCCGGCGCCCGAGGAGCAGCCCCUCUACAAAGAUAAUCAGAAGAGCAAGGAGGGUAAUCAGGUCAUCUUGCCUACGAAGGAGGACACCUUCUCAGAUAAGAACAAGGAGCAUAAUUUUUUCAUCACAGAUUCAGAGCCUUCAGGAGGAGACUUCUGGAGAGAUAUAGCAGGAGAACACACACAAGAAACCAAUUCACCUCAUUCUCUGAAGAAGGAUGUGGAAAAUAUGGGGAAAGAGGAACUCCAGAAGGUUCUGUUUGAGCAGAUCGACCUGCGGAGGAGGCUGGAACAGGAAUUCCAGGUGUUGAAAGGAAACGCAUCUUUCCCAGUCUUCAACAAUUUUCAAGAUCAGAUGAAGCGGGAGCUGGCGUACAGAGAAGAAAUGGUGCAGCAGCUACAAAUCAUUCCCUAUGCAGCAAGCUUGAUCAGGAAAGAAAAGCUCGGUGCACACCUCAGCAAAAGCUAA